AUGGCAGCCAUGGCGACCGCGGCGGCGCUAACCUCGGCCCGUAGCUCGGCCUUCCACGGCCUCGCCGUGCCACCGCAGGCCGGCGCCGCGGCCGCGCCGCGCCGGCAGGCCCUCUCCCUGUCGAUCUCCGCCGCGGCGGCUCGCCGCGACUUCGACAACUUCAAGUUCGAGCCCAUCCGUGAAUCCAUCGUCUCCCGCGAGAUGACCCGCCGCUACAUGACCGACAUGAUCACCCACGCCGACACGGACGUCGUCAUCGUCGGCGCCGGCUCGGCGGGGCUCUCCUGCGCCUACGAGCUCUCCAAGGACCCCGCCAUCCGCGUCGCCAUCGUCGAGCAGUCCGUGUCCCCCGGCGGCGGUGCGUGGCUCGGCGGGCAGCUCUUCUCCGCCAUGAUCGUCCGCAAGCCGGCGCAUCUCUUCCUGCAGGAGGUCGGCGUCCCCUACGACGACGCAGGGGAGGACUCCUCCUACGUGGUGGUGAAGCACGCGGCGCUGUUCACGUCGACGAUACUGAGCAAGGUUCUGGAGCGGCCCAACGUGAAGCUGUUCAACGCGGUGGCGGCGGAGGAUCUGAUCGUGAGGAAGGGGAGGGUGGCGGGGGUGGUGACGAACUGGGCGCUGGUGGCGAUGAACCACGACACGCAGUCGUGUAUGGAUCCGAAUGUGAUGGAGGCAAAGGUGGUGGUAAGCUCCUGCGGGCACGACGGCCCGUUCGGGGCGACCGGAGUGAAGCGGCUGAGGAGCAUCGGCAUGGUGGAGAACGUCCCCGGGAUGAAGGCCCUCGACAUGAACGCCGCCGAGGACCAGAUCGUCCGGUUCACCCGCGAGGUACUGGGAAGAAAGAAACAGAGACAGAAAGUGAAAGAAAAUGGUGUUUUAGAGAGAGAGACUGAUAGAGAGAGAAACGGGGCGCGGUUUCUCACAGAUGGGUGUGAUUUGUGUUCUUACAGGUUGUGCCCGGGAUGAUCGUUACAGGCAUGGAGGUGGCCGAGAUCGAGGGAUGCUGCCGCAUGGUGAGAAUCAUCUCUUCAGAUGCGUUUUCUUCUUCUUUUUUUUUUUUUCUCUACGGGGUUUCUGUAUAUGGAAGUAUUUUACCGAUAGAAAACUGAAAAAAUCGUAACUUUCUUUUUCUUGAUUGAAGUUGUGUGCGUUUUUUAUUGAUAUCUUUUACAUGGGCACGACUCGACUACACUACUGAUAGUUUAAUAUUUUAAAAUAUUUUUUGAGUAAUUUUAUUCUAUGAGUCGGAAGAUCAAGAUUAGGGUUUCUUCCGCUCUAACAUGCUCUUCUAUGGGUUUUUUUUUAAAUCGCACAAAUUUUUCCUAUAAAUAAAAAAAUCCAGCUUUCUUGGAGUGAAUGAAUAUCUAUAUAUUUUUUAUUUUUUUGAAAUGGAUAUUUUUAAUUUUUAUGUUAAAGCUUUAUUUAUUUAAUAUAUAUAUAUUUUUCUACAUGGGUUCCAUAAACAAAUUAUUUUAAUAUUAUUGAAUACUAUUUUUGAAUAUGAUUGAUUGGGUGGGGGUUUCUUUUUCUGAUAUAUAUGGUUUUUCUUCUGAAAAUAUAUCAUGGAUGCCGCAGGGGCCCACCUUCGGAGCGAUGAUGAUGUCCGGCGUGAAGGCGGCCCAUCUAGCGCGGGAGGCGCUGGGGCUCUCCGAAGACGAGAUCCCAGCCGUCGGAUCGCUACACCCCGAGAUGGUGAUCGCGUCUGCCGAUAACGCUGAGGUGGCGGACGCCUGA